UAUUUAUCCAAAUGUGUUGUUGGGGCAUCGCUUGAAAGCAUAGGAGAAGAAGAGGAGGAAGAUGAAAAUAACUCAGCUGCCAAACUUUCUAGCAGGCCAAAGGAGGGAGUCUACCAAAUAGUGGGUACCCUUUCUAAGCCAAAGAGUACUAAACCAUAUUUUGCAGAGGAAACCUAUGCAGCCUCUUCUCAAAAAGAGCUCUUAAAUCACUUGCGUGAGUGUGAGAUUGUUUUAUAUAAUAUCACCGAGGAUCCAAAUCAAAUUGAGGAAGCAACAUGGGCUGCUUCUGCCCUACAUAUGGAAAUAGAACAUUUUGCAACACCGAAGUUGUUCAUCCUCGUUUCAACAAUAAUGAGCUGGGCAAAAAGCAAACUCCCUCAACCUGAAGAUCCUGAGAUUCCUUUUACUGAUGAAGAUUAUCGCAGAAGAAAAUCUCAUCCUAACUUUGUGGAUCACCUAAAUGCUGAAAAACUCAUUCUCAAACUUGGGAAAACUAACAAACACAAAUUUUCAACUUAUGUUGUUGCCUCAGGACAUCAAUAUGGAGCUGGGGAAGGAGUCUUGCACUACUUUUUUAAGAUAGGUUGGCUUAGUGAGACUCCUGCCAUACCUAUUUUCGGAGAUGGAAACAAUUUUGUUCCAACCAUUCAUGUUCUUGAUUUAGCAGCAGUGUUACAAAAUGUAGCAGACCAGAGGCCAAGGUCUCAGUAUAUACUUGCAGUAGAUGAAUCUGUGCACACUCUUCAAGAAUUAAUAAAGUGUAUCAGUAAAAAUGUUGGACCGGGAAAAACUGAGAAGAUUCCAAAAGAAAAUGCAUUCCUGAGCAAAGAGUUAACACAAAUGCAUUUGGAUAUGUUGCUUGUGAACCUGCGAAUGGAAUCUGUGUUUCUGAAAGACACUUUCAACAUUAAGUGGGUUGCUCAGGCAGGACUUGUGGAGAACAUUAAACAAAUCGUCAAGGAAUACAAGCAAAGUCGCGGAUUACUGCCUCUCAAAGUUUGCAUUCAUGGUCCUCCUGGAGUUGGCAAAUCUACUGUUGCUGAAGAGCUAUGCAAACACUACAAACUACAUUGCAUUAAGAUAAACGAUGUGAUUACUGAAACAAUAGCAAAUCUGGAGAAAAUCCUUGCUGCUAAAGAACUGGGCUCUGACAGUGUGGGAGGAGAGGAAGAAGAUGAUGAAGAGGAGGAGGGUAAAAAUGUAGAAGCUGCACAAGAGUUAUUAGCUGGAAUAAAAGAAAACAUGGAGCAGAAUGCAGGUCAUCUAGAUGAUCAGUAUGUUGUUAAGUUGGUGAAGGAUAAGCUCAAAUCCAUGCCUUGUAGGAAUCAGGGAUAUGUUUUAGAUGGGUUCCCAGAGACAUAUGAACAGGCAAAAGAUCUUUUUAAUUUGGAAAGUGAAGAUGAAGAUGAAGAAGAAGAAGAAGAAGGCAAAAUACUCAAUUGUUAUAAAUUAAUCACACCUGAAUUCGUUAUUUCUUUGACCGCAUCUGAUGAAUUCCUUAUAAACAGAAUAAUAAAUCUGCCAGAGAGAGUUGUUGCUGGAACUCAUUAUACCCAGGACCGGUUCUUGCAAUCUCUGAAUCUCUUCAAGGAGUUAAAUACAGACGAUGAGACUGUUCUCAAUUAUUUUGAUGAACUUGAAAUACAUCCUCAGUUUAUUGAUGUAGCCAAAUUUGAAGAUCCUGAGAACAGAUUUAUUGUAAAAGAGAUCAUCAAAGAAAUUGGGGAACCUCGGAAUUAUGGUUUAACAGAUGAAGAAAAGGAGAAUUUGGAACGCAAAGCAGCUGAGGAAUGCCUUGUCAAAGAAGCUCAAGAAAAAGCUGAACGAGAGCGUAAAGAAGCUGAGGAAAGAGCUGAAAGGAUGGCAAAUUGGGAAGAGUGG